ACCAGCGUUCCCACCAUUCCAUGUAUUUAGACAGACCAGAGAGAAAAAAGGUCGUUCCUCCUUUCUGUCUGUCACUCAGCCGUGCAGCUCAACGGAAUCGCGGUUGGCUAAAAGUCGAACUAGUCGGUCAUAACAGUAGGUUUAUGUUAAUUAAAAAAUAUAUUAAUUACUUUAUACCCAAGAAAAGCACGACGGCUCGAUUUCAGCGGACUUCAAGAUACUUUAUCGAUUCCAAGAGGCAAUGAAAACAGAUUUUUCGAAAAUUGUGCAGCCCUAGAGAUUAAGAUUUUGUUUAAGAUUUUGCGUUUGUAACAGAGGCCAGCCAUAAAGCAGGGUGUACAUGCGCUGGAAGCCAUAGAUGGACUGCUGCUGUGUCUUAGGAAAUAUUACAUCAAAGACAUCUACUCACAAAGCUUUGAUCACUUUCUGACUGAUUGGGAAUCUGUCUGUUGUGUUGUGUGGGACAGGCCACACACAGCACGACUCUGAAUGUGUGACUCUUGGUGAGAUACACUACAGAAACUGGAAGACAAGAGAACCUGAUUGCCUUCACAUGAAGCCCAGGUGGGAAGGAAGAGACGGAGGAAAGGGUGUGUGAAGACCAUCAUGUCUUCAAAGAUGCAGAGUUCCAAUAACAUAGCCCAUGCCAGGAGGACAGUCCAGCAGCUGAGAAUAGAGGCCAGCAUUGAGAGGAUUAAGGUGUCCAAGGCCUCAGCAGACCUGAUGCACUAUUGUGGAGAACAUGCUAAAUACGACCCUCUACUCAUGGGCAUCCCAGCCUCUGAAAACCCCUUCAAAGACAAGAAGCCGUGCACUAUAUUAUAGUAGCGGGACAGCUGAAAUCUCUUUGCUUUUUUAUUUGUAUAUUAUUUUAUAGAGAGAAAUAUGACAUUAAUACCGAUACACUAUUUGCCUUAAGGCCAGCCCAGCCCCACUCCCCCUAUUUCCUUGUGCUUUCGGUUGAUUCCCAAAUGUUAUCCUAGGGCCCAUAGGGCUCUGGUAAAAAAAUGGUGCACUAUAUAGGGAAUAGGGUGCCAUUUUUGGACUCUUAUAAACAAGUGCCAUUUUGGUAGGAUCAGAAUCAUUGGUGUGCUCUCUCUUCAUCAGAUACAACUAAGACCAAAUAGCACCAUGAGCCAAAAUGUAACAGGUCAUUGGUAACCCAGAAACAAUGUUUUAGUUUAGUUCAAUCAGUCAUGAAAGAAUGAAAGCUCAUUCUGAGGCUCCUCUCAACAGAGACUGGUGUUCUUUUAGAUUGUUAUCUCAUGUUAUGCAGACUAAAUACUAGCUUGGUUUAAACUAGGGGUUCCCAACUCUGUAAUGUUCACAUCAGCCAGAGCAUAAAUAAUGCCAAUGGCCCAAAAGUAUAAAGCAUUGCACUUGCACCACACUCUAGUUAAACCUUUCAGCUCCUGAUUGCGUCAUCAGUCCCCACACAGUAGCUUCUUUGGGAAACAAUCAGUCUAGUUUGUAUAUUACUGAUAAGCCUGUAAUAACCCCAUGAUGUAAAUCACCCAGUCCCAUGACACAGGAGGACUCUAAAACCAGUGCUGAUGGUCUGGUAAGCUAUGUSUGUGUCCCAAAUGGCGCCCUAUUCCCUAUAGAGUGAACCACUUUUGAUCAGAGCCCUAUGGGCCCUGGUUAAAAUGUGUGCUCUGAAGGGAAAAGGGUGCCAUUUGGGACUCAGACUGUGAAUGUCCCGUCACAACAGGAGAGGGUGCCUGUCGUUUUGUAAGGGAAAGUGUAUGGCUUGCAGCAAUAGCCUCAUGAACUGGCAGGUUUAACCAGCAUUGUUUUGUUUCUGCAAAGAUGUCAGAGAUCGUUUCAUUUUCAGGUGGGGGUAGAUUCGAACUAUCCCACUUCUAUGUCUUUUGUUAUGAAAGAAUGACUCUUUAAACUUUAAUACUAAUAUUUAUCUCUUGUGAAUUUGCCAUGCCUUUGCCUUAGAAACCAAACUUUGUGACUUUGCAUAGUUGUCUUAUUUGUAUGUAGUACAGUAGAUAGGUAAUGUAGCAUCAAUAUGAAGUGUUGCAGAUACCAUGUAACCCCUUUAAAUGAUUUUACUAUGCCUUACAAUUGAUGUAAAAGUUGUUGUUCCAUAAUGAUGUCUCUACUUGGCUGAAGGAGAAGAAGUUAAGAUCACAAUCACGUCUAUCCAAUGUACAGAUGUAGGAUCGUAAUUUGAUCACCCUGUUGUUACAGGACAUUUCCUGCACAGCAAACUUGCAGUGUUUUUGAGGUUUUAAAAAGGUUCUAAAGUUUGUAAUUUUCACUUUAAAAUGUCAGAUUGGAUUUGCCCUAACUAAAAAUUUAUCAAAAAUGUCCAUU